AUGUACCGCAUGAUAAAGGUUCAGCCAAGCGACCAGCAUUUCCAACGAAUCUUGUGGAGGAAUUUUGCUGAUGAACCAAUCCGUACGUAUGAGCUAACUACGGUCACGUACGGAACUGCAUCCGCUCCAUAUCUAGCAACUAAAUGCCUUCAAACGCUGGCAAUAGAAGGAGCGGCUAGCUACCCUAAUGCUGCUAAGUCUCUAAAGGAAAACUUUUACGUCGACGACAUGUUGACAGGAGUGGACACAAUCGAAGAUGGAAAGUUGUUGGUCCAGGAGAUGGUAGAAUUGACCGAGUCGGGAGGAUUCACCUUGAGGAAGUGGGUGUCUAACGAACCACAACUCCUAGAAGACUUGCCGGAAAACUUGCUCGAUGAUCGCACCACGCUGGAGUUAGAUUCGUCCAGCUCACCUGUGAAGACCUUGGGAUUGCUGUGGGAGCAUCGGUCCGAUAGAUUCAUGUUUCGAUCACCCGCAUGGAACGAUCAUUUUCCCAUUACAAAACGAAUCGUCCUAGCCGAUGCAGCUCGUCUAUUUGAUCCUCUUGGUCUGAUUGGCCCCGUGAUAGUACAAGCCAAAAUCUUUCUUCAGCAACUAUGGAAGCAGAAGUGCGAUUGGGAUGAACCACUUGCAACCGAAUCCCAGAACUUCUGGCUGGAAUAUCGAAGAAACCUCCUUGCGCUGGAAUCGCUUCACGUUCCACGUUGGACAGGAUUCAGCACUACCUCCGUCAGUACAGAGAUCCAUGGGUUUUGUGACGCUUCGGAAGUCGCCUAUGGAGCAUGUCUCUAUCUCCGGAGCACAUCGGCCGAUGGAUCAGUCACCGUACGGUUGAUCACGGCGAAAUCACGGGUUGCACCACUAGAAGAUCCAGAUCGAAAGAAAAAAAGGCAAUCAAUCCCUCGAUUGGAGCUCUCGUCGGCCUUACUCCUAAGUCACUUGUACGAAAAACUUGUGUGUAGCAUUCAAACGCCCAUGCCGGCGUAUUUCUGGACAGAUUCAAUGAUUGUCAAAUGUUGGCUGUCCUCGCUUCCAUCCCGUUGGCAAUCAUUCGUCGCCAACCGCGUGUCAGAGAUUCAACACAUUACCAGAUCAGGUGUUUGGAAUCACGUGGCCGGUGUGGAGAACCCGGCAGACAUAAUUUCGCGGGGCAUGGCGCCCGCCCAACUUCAAUAUCAGAAGCGUUGGUUUGAAGGCCCACAGUGGGUUAGUCAUGACCGCAGUACAUGGCCCAUAACCACAGAAGUUCUUCUAGAACCUGACCAAUCGUUGCUAGAAGAAAAAUCAUCAGUGACUCUUUCCACUCGAGCAAAACCACCAAACGAACUUUUCUCGCUAUGCUCGUCAUUUCCAGACCUUGUUCACAUGACAGGGUGGAUUCGUCGAUUUGUGUACAAUACUAAAGCAGGCAGUGUAUCACAUAGACGCAGAGGUCAAUUAUCGUUCGUCGAAUAUGAGGAAGCAGUCACCACUUUGGUCCGGUUGGCGCAACAGGAGAGCUUUCCGGAAGAAAUCGGUCAUUUAGCAAAAGGUCGACAAGUGCAAUCGUCGUCCAUACUUAUUAGGUAUGAUCCCCAGCUAGUAGAUGGAAUCAUACGCCUGGGUGGGCGGUUAGCACACGCGCCCAUCUCCGAAAUCCGCAAACAUCCCAUGAUUUUACAUCAUCAGCACCCUCUGACCAAACUUAUCAUCAGUCACUAUCAUCGGAAAUUGUUUCACGCCGGUCAGCAGUUAUUAAUAGCAUCGGUCAGGGAGAAGUUUUGGCCCACUCGAAUUCGGGACCUCGCUCGAAGAACAAUACACCAGUGUGUGCAAUGCUUUCGGAGCAAACCAAAGGUACACGAGCAGAUCAUGGCAGAUCUGCCCUCUGUCAGAGUAAAUCCAGCAGCCGUGUUUCAGAAAGUAGGCGUAGAUCUCUGCGGCCCGUUUUAUAUUCGCUAUCCCGUUCGUCGCAGCGUUCCCGUGAAGUGCUUUGUGGGUAUCUUCAUCUGCCUUACAACCAAAGCAGUGCACAUAGAGAUUGUCGCAGACUUAUCCACUCAGGCAUUUCUCGCAGCAUUUAGAAGAUUUGUAGCCAUCCGCGGCAGACCACGUCUGGUGAUGUGCGACAAUGCCACAAACUUUGUGGGAGCAAACCGGGAGCUUAAGGAACUCCGCCAGCAGCUCAAUGACCAACAGUUUAAAUACUCAAUGAUUCGUGCAGCAGAAGAUGAUGGAAUCGAGUUCAAAUUCAUUCCGGCCCGAUCCCCCAACUUCGGAGGGUUGUGGGAAGCGGCUGUGAAAUCAUUUAAGGGUCAUUUCCGUCGAACAAUUGGCAACAAUCCAUUAUCCUACGAUGAACUUCAUACAAUAGUACAACAAGUGGCAUCUGUUUUGAACUCCCGUCCUUUGACACCGUUAAGCAACGACCCGCAUGACUAUACAGCCCUAACUCCCGGGCACUUUCUGACUGGCAGACCACUCACCGCUGUACCAGAACCGGACCUACAAGAUAUUCCGGAGAAUCGAUUGGCGCUUUGGCAGCGAAGCCAAGCUUUCGUGCAGCGGAUCUGGCGAAAAUGGAAGACGGAAUACUUAUCGAGUUUACAAGCCAGAACAAAAUGGACCAAGAAGCGGGACAACAUCAAAAUCGGAACGAUGGUGCUUGUCAAGGAGGAAAACUUACCUCCCCAGAAAUGGAGAUUGGGACGUGUAGCGGAAGUGUUCUUCAGUACCGAUGGAAACAUACGCGUCGUGACUGUCCGCACCAAGGAUGGUACGUUCAGGAGGGGCAUUGCCAAGAUUUGUGUCCUUCCCAUCCGGGACAACAUCGAGUCUCAACACGAAGAGAACUAG